GUUCUCGAUGCUUCUCUGAGUGCGCCUGUGUCUGGCAGAGCCGGUGUGAGACGAAGAGACAAUCCUUCCCAGCCGUCGGGAUAAUCAAAGAGUUUUGGCCGGACCUUCGAGCACACACCGAGAUAGUGAGGAGCCAGACGAAAAGCACAGACUAUGGCGCUGAAACGGAUUAAUAAGGAACUUAGUGAUUUGGCCCGUGACUCUCCAGCACAAUGUUCUGCAGGUCCAGUUGGGGAUGAUAUGUUUCAUUGGCAAGCCACAAUUAUGGGACCUAAUGACAGCCCAUAUCAAGGCGGUGUAUUCUUUUUGACAAUUCAUUUUCCUACAGACUACCCCUUCAAACCACCUAAGGUUGCAUUUACAACAAGAAUUUAUCAUCCAAAUAUUAACAGUAAUGGCAGCAUUUGUCUCGAUAUUCUAAGAUCACAGUGGUCUCCUGCUUUAACUAUUUCUAAAGUUCUUUUAUCCAUUUGUUCACUGCUAUGUGAUCCAAACCCAGAUGACCCCCUAGUGCCAGAGAUUGCACGGAUCUAUAAAACAGACAGAGAUAAGUACAACAGAAUAUCUCGGGAAUGGACUCAGAAGUAUGCCAUGUGAUGCUACCUUAAAGUCAGAAUAACCUGCAUUAUAGCUGGAAUAAACUUUAAAUUACUGUU